AUGGAGAUUGGUUCUGGGAAUUAUGGAUGCUCACAUUAUAGGAGGAGAUGCAAGAUCAGAGCACCUUGUUGCAAUGAAAUCUCUGAUUGCAGGCAUUGUCAUAAUGAAGCUAAGAAUAGCUUGGAAACUAAUCCACUUGAUCGACAUGAUAUUCCACGCCAUGAAGUUACAAAGGUUAUCUGUUCCCUUUGUGACACCGAACAAGAUGUUCAGCAGAAUUGCAUAAACUGUGGAGUUUGCAUGGGGAAAUACUACUGUGCUAAGUGCAAAUUCUUUGAUGAUGAUGUUUCAAAGAAUCAAUACCACUGUGAUGAAUGUGGAAUAUGCAGAACUGGAGGAAAGGAAAAUUUCUACCAUUGCAACAAAUGCGGUUGUUGUUAUUCAAUGUUGAUGAAGGAUGCCCACCGUUGCGUGGAAAGGGCUAUGCACCAUAAUUGCCCUGUUUGUUUUGAGUUUCUAUUUGACACUAUGAGAGAUAUCACUGUGUUACCUUGUGGACACACAAUGCAUUUGGAAUGUGCAAGGCAAAUGGAACAACAUUACCGGUAUUCAUGCCCAGUUUGCUCCAAGUCCAUAUGCGAUAUGUCACAAUUCUGGAAAAAGAUUGAUCAAGAGAUUGCAGCAAUUCCUAUGCCUCAAACAUACCAGAAUAAAAUGGUUUGGAUUCUCUGCAAUGAUUGUGGGGCAAAUUCCCAUGUCCAAUUCCACAUUGUGGCGAACAAAUGCUUGAGCUGCAACUCAUACAAUACCAGACAGACACGAGGAGGCCCUGCUACACCAUGCUCAUCUGGGAUGACUGAGAUGGUUAGCUAA